UAUUUUCGCGCCUUUUUGUAACAAAUAAUAAAAAAUUAGUCCAAAACAAUAACAUCUCGGUCGCCGGAGGAAUAAUCGGCGGUGCGGAGGCGUUUCCCUGAGGGAGAUGGAGGCGAAUGGAUCUGGAUUCCGGCGAAUUCUGCUGCUGGCGUUGUGCGUCUCCGGAAUCUGGUCCGCCUACAUCUACCAAGGCGUUCUUCAGGAAACUCUGUCUACAAAGAGAUUCGGUCCAGAUGAGAAGAGGUUCGAGCACCUUGCAUUCUUGAACUUGGCUCAAAGUGUAGUCUGCUUGGUCUGGUCUUUUAUUAUGAUUAAGCUUUGGUCAAGCACCGGCAACGGUGGUGCACCAUGGUGGACGUAUUGGAGUGCCGGCAUCACUAAUACCAUUGGUCCUGCCAUGGGGAUUGAAGCCUUGAAGUAUAUCAGUUAUCCAGCUCAGGUCCUGGCAAAAUCUUCAAAAAUGAUUCCAGUUAUGCUGAUGGGAACUUUGGUUUACGGAAUAAGAUACACUUUCCCUGAAUACAUUUGCACCUUUCUUGUCGCGGGAGGAGUAGCUGUGUUUGCUCUUCUUAAGACAAGCUCUAAGACAAUUAGCAAGCUAGCACAUCCAAAUGCUCCCCUAGGCUAUGCACUUUGCUUCUUAAACCUCGCCUUUGACGGAUUCACAAACGCCACCCAAGACUCCAUUGCCUCAAGGUACCCGAAAACCGAAGCUUGGGACAUAAUGCUGGGGAUGAAUCUAUGGGGCACAAUAUACAACAUGGUCUACAUGUUUGGAUUACCACAAGGGAUGGGAUUCGAAGCAUAUCAGUUCUGUAAGCAGCACCCAGAAGCGGCAUGGGACAUUUUAAAAUACUGUCUAUGCGGUGCGGUGGGACAAAACUUCAUAUUUAUGACGAUAAGUAACUUCGGGUCACUAGCUAACACGACCAUAACGACGACAAGGAAGUUUGUUAGCAUAGUUGUGUCAUCGGUAAUGAGCGGGAAUCCAUUGUCGUUGAAGCAAUGGGGAUGCGUUUCGAUGGUGUUUGGUGGUUUGUCUUAUCAGAUUUUCCUUAAAUGGAGCAAGUCGAAAAGAGUGGAGAAGAAGAAGCAAAAGAGUUGAACGAAUGAGCCAAAGCACAAAAUGUGUUUAGCUCCUGUCUCUUGUUACUUUUUUCUCAUAUCUCUAAACUGUGUGUUUUAGAUUUUUCCUUUUAGCUGUUUAUGUUUAACCAACCGAAACAUAGAGUCUCAAACCAGGUUAGUCAACUGUAAAACUAGUGAUGCAGAGAGGUAAUAGUAAUGAUGAUUCAAAAAUA